AUGUGCUGCUGCAACCCAGAGCACCGGCGCAAGACCAAGUGCUUCAAAGCCGAAGGCGAGACGCUCCUCACGGACGAUCGUGGACAGCUGUGGGAACAGCUGCCGCUCGAGGAGCAGGUAACGACGAAAUUCGUGUGCAGCGUCAGCGAUCGCACCUACAACAUGCAGGUUCUGAGCGGAGCUGCGAUCCAGGAAUCUCCCGAAUCGAUGCUCCAGGAACCACCUGGCGUCCAGGCGCCUGCGGUGAAUGAGGUCGGAUACACGCGGGCGCAGUCGCUUGAAGAGCCACUGAACCUACAG